CUUCAUUUGUCGUCUGUGGCUGUGACUUGACUCGUUUUUGUGAAUUGAAUUUGAGAUUGAGUUUCAAUUUUAAGUUUUACACGAUUAAUUAUUGUGUUUACCUAUAACAGCUGUGGUUUAAUGAUAUAAAACUGUAAUAGCAGAAUUGCAUAAUUUGAUUUUAAUUGUGGAACUAAAGCUAUCAAGUCAAGGAAGAAGAAUAAUCUGAACGAAAACGAUGAAGAAGAAGUCAAUAACAUUGGAAAUCGAUCCAACGAUCAUGGAAAAUAACAUGAGAAUUGUUAAAGAUAAAGCGGAGGAGGAAUUCAAUAAGCUCUUAGCUGAUGCAAUGCCUUCGCAAGUUGUAAAACCUCGGCCAGGUUUUUGCGUGAAAACCUAUACCAAACCUGAAAACAAAAAAGUGUUUGUCAACAUUUGCCUGACUGAAGCCAUACCGUGUCCAGUUGACAUCAGCAAUGCAGAAUUGAUGCAUAUCCUCAAUUCUGAAGAUCCAUCAAGCUACAGAGUGCCCAUGAGCAUUGGUGAGGGUAGAACGGAGCAAGACAAAUCUGGUGCACCGACAACUGUUUACGAUGUGGCAAUUAAUCCAGAAUUCUUUUCAAAAAUUGAAAAGGAUGACUUGUUCCAAACGUUUUUCUUAACUGUAGUCUUUGAAGGAUUACAGGAUAAAUAUCAGUUUGAAAUUGACAUGCAAAAGUUCACAGUUCUCAAGAACAGAAAGUCUAUUGGAAAUUUACAAUCUCAUAGAAUACAGAUAAGAGAUGUUAAGAAAUGUGAAGAAAGAGCAAAGCCGCUCAUAGAAGAGAUACAAAUACCUGGAAAGUUUACAGCAAAGAAAAAGGAGUUUGUAUACAGGCUGAGACGUGAACCUCCUACAGGGGAGAUUGAGUACUUGUUGGCAGAGUUUAAGGUACCAGCUUCGGUAGAAUUGAAAGACCUUAAUCUGGAAAUAGGUGAAGAUAGAUUGGUUCUGGACUCCAAGGGACUGUUUGAGUGCGUGGACUUCUUCCUGCCCUGCAGCGUUGACCAGGAUGUUGUAGAUGCUCAGUUGAAUAGAAACAAAGAUAUGUUGUAUGUCAAGAUGCCUAUUAUACAUUAGUGUUAUUAUAUUAGUUAAUUAUGUAAUAAUAAUCAAAUAAAUUGGAAAAAAUUCA